UGGUUAAUUUGUCUUUGAGCUGAUAUAGAAUAUCGACAGGCAUUUAAAGUUUCAUCCAGAAUAUCUGAACAUUCAAUAUAUCAACUGUAUUUAAAUAUUUAUAAUUUAUGUUGUUCAAAUACCUUCGGUCCGAACCUCAGCUGAUCCUUGUGUUCCAUCUUUUAAGGUAUAAAACCAACUGUGAAUGAUCUUCUAAGUAAUCUAUUAAACUAAUAUCUUCGGCUUGCGGAACAACACCAAACUGAUCAGCAUCAGUUUGGAUAAGCCAAAAUUUCUAAAUCAAACGCAGUAAACUAAUUAGAACACAAUUAGAACGUUUAGCUCUUUUUACUUAUUGUAAGCAAAAAAUAAAAUUUGUUAAUGCUCAAGUUUUAAAGCCAUUCUUUAACAUGGGAAGAGUUUUAGUAGUUAUGCAUACUAUUUCAAGAAGUUUUCUUAAUUUUUCAGUUAUAUUGAUAGUCUGUAACGUUUUCUAUCGAUCAGAUCCAUAGAAUAUGAUAGUAGUUGUCUCAUGCUAUACUAUCGAACGUUAUUAAUGAGUGCAUAACUAGUAAAAAAAUUGGCAAAUAUCAAAUGAUUUAAAAAGCAUAAACUUACUCUUUUAGUUCGAUAACUCAACUCAUAUGCUGUAACACAAAAGAAAACUGUAUCCCGCGUAGUUAUCUGAGAAUGCAGAAAACCUACCUUCAAUUUCUUCGGGAGCUUUUGACAAUAAAUCGUUACGACUUUCUAUUAGAGCUAAUCGUCUGGCAUCAAAACCGCUUGUACACUGCGCAGCAAUAUUUUCCAAAUAUUGGUCAUCUGAAACGGUUUUUGCAUAAAUUCAACACAUUAUAUCGGUUAAUAAUAGAAAAAAACGCAGACCACUCUUUACAUUGUUUUCAACAGUUGGAUUCGGUUACCUGCUCGACCAAUAUCCGGUAUAUUCGCUGGCAAUAACAUUGUGUCCGUUUCUUCGCCAAUAGCAUUGAAACUGGACUCUGUAAGGUACGUUUCUUCGAUAGUUUGGACGUUAGUUUUCUCAGCUAUCGCUGUGUUACUUGUGAUGUUCUAAAAAUUUCAGGCUCACGUUGAAAAAAUUCAAACAGAUCAUAAUUUUCUCAGUAAUUCCGUUUUUAUAAAUCUUCUGUUAAAAUACCAACAAGUUAUGCUUACUGGUCGUACAGAACCGUUGGAAGUUGUAAAGGUAUUUGGCGUUGAAGCUGUGUUCAAAGAUAUUAUUUUGAGUGGUAUUGAUGUAGAUGCUAAUCUUAAUGCUGAUGUGUGCACCGAUGUCUGGGAUCGAAAAAGUGAUGCUAAAUAG